AUGAUUCCCUUUCUCUUCCGCAACAUUUCAUCUUACCCAAACAAAACUGCCCUAUACGACGCCGACUCCGGUGACACCCUCAAUUUCAUCCAAUUCAAAACCACCGUCGCCAAGUUCUCUCACGCCUUAAACAACCACCUGGGUAUCACCAAGAACGACGUCGUUCUCAUAUUUGCCCCCAAUUCAAUCCAAUACCCCAUCUGCUCAUACUCAAUCAUCGCUCUUGGCGCCAUUGUCACCACCGUCAAUCCUGAAUAUACCAUCAGAGAGUUAUCCAAACAAGUUGAAGACUCUAAACCCAAACUCAUCAUCACCGUUCAAGAAUUGUACCAAAAAGUUGAAAACUUCGGACUCCCGGUUGUGUUUUUAGGAUCAAAAAGUUCAAGAAACGGGUGUUUUUCAUAUAAAGAUUUGAUUUCAAAAUAUGGGUCAGUCUCAGAACUACCUAAAGUUUCGAUUCAUGGAGAUGAUACUGCGGCCUUAUUGUACUCUUCUGGGACAACCGGUGUUAGCAAGGGUGUAAUUCUGAGCCACAAGAACUUCAUCGCAACUUCACAAAUGAUGACUUCUGAUCAAAGAUCAAUGGGGGAGAAAGAUUAUGUACACUUAUGUUUCUUGCCCAUGUUUCAUAUCUUUGGAUUUGCGGUUAUACUAUAUGCUCAAUUACAGGAAGGGAAUACGGUUGUAUCAAUGGGAAAGUUUAGUUUUGAAGCGGUUUUAAAGAACAUACAGAAAUAUAGAGUUACACAUUUAUGGGCUGUUCCACCAGUUAUACUUGCUUUAACUAAACAAGAUGUAGUCAAGAAGUUUGACUUGUCGUCAUUGAAGCUAAUCAUUUCGGGUGCUGCACCAUUGGGGAAAGAACUAAUAGACGAGUGUGCCAAAAAGUUCCCACAUGUUUUGGUUCUUCAGGGAUAUGGUAUGACUGAAACGACAGCAUCCACCUCACUCGGUAGUCCAAUUAUGGGCCAUCAGCACUCUGGUUCAACUGGAGCGCUUUUACCAGGAAUCGAAGCUCAAAUAGUUUGUGUAGAUACCAAUAAACCUCUUCCUCCAAAUCAAACUGGUGAAAUAUGGGUUCGAGGAGCUUGCAUGAUGCGAGGGUAUCUCAAUAAACCUGACGCCACGAAGCUUACGAUAGAUAAAAAUGGUUUCGUACAUACCGGUGAUCUUGGAUAUUUUGAUGAUGAAGGUCAAAUAUUCGUGGUUGAUAGACUUAAGGAACUCAUUAAGUAUAAAGGGUUUCAGAUUGCACCAGCAGAGCUUGAAGCACUUUUGCUUUCGCAUUCUGAAAUACUAGAUGCUGCAGUAAUCCCGUUUCCAGAUGCUGAAGCUGGUGAAAUCCCGAUUGCGUUUGUGGUGCAGUCAUCAAACAGCUGUUUGUCCGAAGAAGAUGUCAAGAGAUUCGUCAAUGAGCAGGUUGCACCUUAUAAACGGUUGAGGCGAGUGAUAUUUGUGAACAACAUUCCCAAAUCGGCUUCCGGGAAAUUACUCAGGCGUUUACUUGUUGAACACUAUCGAUCCAGGAUGUAACAGAUUUCAUAUAUAUGAAUUUGGAAGUUCUUGUGAUAUUGUUUUCAAUUUAAAAAAACUGUUAAUGUGGUG